AUGAUGGCACAGGUACAUGGAUCAUGCGAUAGUCGCUUCAAGAAGGUUGAAAGGCUACUUCAAUCGUACAUCAACUCAGGAGAAGAGCUUGGAGCCUCAUUUGUCGUUAACAUCAAUGGAGAAAACGUCGUCGACAUCUGGGGUGGCUACGCGGACAAAGAUCGCACCCGCUUGUGGGAGCGCGACACAAUCACCACCGUUUGGUCCACCACCAAAUGCAUCACCAGUCUUGCGGCCCUUAUCCUCAUCGACCGUGGUCUCCUCUCCCCCUACGAGAAGGUUUCCAAAUAUUGGCCAGAAUUCGCGACCAACGGCAAACAAGAUGUCGAAGUCCGACACCUCCUCUCCCAUUCCUCUGGCCUUUCUGGCUGGGAAGCCCCUGUUACACUCUCCGAUGUUUUUGACGUCCCAAAAGCCACUGCGCUGCUUGCAGAGCAGGCGCCGUGGUGGACUCCUGGGACUGCGUCUGGAUACCACGCGUUUACGAUGGGCCACCUCGUCGGUGAGCUCGUCCGGCGCGUCACAGGUAAAACACUAGGGCAGUUCAUAUCUGAAGACAUGGCUGGCCCGUUGGCAGCAGACUUCCAGCUCGGUGCACAGGAGAAGGACUGGCCACGCGUCGCAGAGACGGUUCCUCCUCCUCCAAUGGAUAGGCUACCGAUGCUAGAGCCGACGAGUGUAGCGGUGCGGACGUUUCGCAAUGCGGUCCCAGAUGCCACGGCGGCGAACACGAAUGCGUGGAAAAAGACAGAGAUGGGUGCGGCGAAUGGACAUGGGAAUGCGAGGAGCGUGGCAAAGUUGUUGUCUACUGUGUCUCUCAGCGGGCAGGUGGACGGCAAGCAGUUGUUAUCGCAGAAGACGAUUGACCUUAUAUUCGAGGAACAGUUUCAUGGUGUCGAUCUCGUAAUGGGCACGCCGGUUCGCUUGGGUAUGGGCUUCGCUAUGGUUGCUAAGGAUACUAUGUGCGGAUGGCUACCCGAGGGUCGCAUCUGCGGCUGGGGAGGCUGGGGCGGCUCGAUUGGACUCAUCGACUUGGACCGGAGGAUGACCAUCUCCUAUGUCAUGAACAAGAUGGAGAACAGUGUGGAGAUGGGUAAUUAUCGGUGUCAGGCCUACGUGAAGGCAGUGUACGAGGCCUUAGGGAAUUUGUAA